UUUCGCCGACCACUUAAAAUGUUGCUAACUUCAAUUGCUAUAAUUUUGUUAAUUGGUCAAUUAGCAAACCCAUCUCCUGUUAAGCGGGAAGCCGAGGCGCAAGAUGCUAUCGUUGAAGAAACCACAGCUACUGUAGUAGAAGGUGAUAUUAUCGAAGGAGAAGCAGACGCUGCUGGAAAGGUAGCGGAAAAUGGAACAGAUGGAGAACAAGGUACCGCGGAAGGAGGGGAAGAUGAAGCAGCACCUGAAGCAGAGGGUGAAGCAGCAGCUGACGCGGAAGGUGAAGCAGCAGCUGACGCGGAAGGUGAAGCAGCAGGUGGAGAAGCAGGUAUUCCUGAAGAAGUGGCGGAUGAAGCUGCAGAAGCUACUACGAGUGAGGAAGGCGCGACAGGUGAAGAAAUGAGCUUGGAUGAUGAACCUGUCGUUAUCACAGAAGGAGAAAAUGAAACAGCUCCUGAUACGGAAGAGAUCGUAACUAUCGUAGAGGGUGAAAAUGCAGCUGACACUCCUAACGGGGACCCGGUUGUGAUCGAGGAAGAGCCCGCUGCUAGGAAAUGA